AGCCCUGAAACUCCCCCAACAGACGCUUGAGACCAUCUGCGUACCAACAGUGAACUAAAGCGAGAGAAGAAAACUUUUUACCCAGCAGUUACACUAACACUGUAUAAAUACCAAACUCUCUGUGCAAACAAACUCUAGACCAUUUACAGCCAUUUUGGCAGCUUCUCGGAGGCGACACGCGUGUCAAGAAAAGGCGUUUGCGCUCUCAGCACCGGUGACUCUUGUCUUUCACAGUACAGCAGUAGGAAGAGUGCAGAAAAGACGGAUGUAACACAAUGAACCGCGUCGCGAACGACACGACGUAGCCUCGCCGUUUUUGGCUAGAGUUGAAAACGCGCUUUCUUUUUCUUAUGCCUUUGCUGGAGGAAUAACUCUACCAAGUAUCGGUUCUCACGCGCGAAGAGCGUGUGUUUCUCAGAAGGAUUUUAAAGGUUACCAAUGGGGUCUCAAGGGCCAGGACGGAAAAGAACCCCCAGCAAAAAUGGGUUGACUGCAGAGGAAGAUGCCCUCAACGUAAUCGCAAAAGAGGCUGAAGCCCGUUUGGCAGCGAAGAGAGCGGCCCGUGCAGAAGCUCGUGAGAUCAGGAUGAAAGAACUGGAGCGACAGCAGAAAGAGAUUUAUCAGGUGCAGAAGAAAUACUAUGGCCUGGAUAACCUGGACAACAAAUGGGGGGACAUUGAGCAGUGGAUGGAAGACAGUGAGCGAUAUACACGUGUCUCACGGAGACAUGCAUCGGUGUCAGAUGAUGAAGAACGGAUGUCAGUGGGGAGCAGAAGCAACGUACGGUUGGAUUUGGAUGCGACUGGUGCUUACGGCGCGGCGUCCUCUUCUUACUCUCAUAAGAAGUCCAAGAAAAAGAAGAAACAUUCUUCUAAAACCAGCAAUGGCUAUGAUGAUGAUCUCAGCACAUUGUCUAGUCGGAGCUCCAGACUAAGCGAUGAGAGCAAAAGGUCUCGCUCCUCUAGACUUGAUCUGCAGUCGAGUGCCUACUAUUCUUCAGAGUUGUACAGCAGCAGUAAUUACUCCUCUAAACAUCAAGUUCCUUCCUACAAUGGCUACCAGGGCUCUAUUUACGAAGAUAGUCUCUACGGUGGCUCUCGACGCUCCAGUGCUCGUGCUGUAAGAAUGACAGGGUCGUCUGAAUACAGUGGAUUACUGGGCUCCAGCUCUAGGACUUCAUCCAGGGCAAACUCUGCGUGUGGAAGCCCAGUGGAGGACUGCAGCAGUUCAGUGGCUAGUUUUAAGCGCAGCACAGCCAGUAUCAGUGGCCUCUCUAGAGAUCUUGACAACAUCGUCAUCCCUGACUUGCCAAAUGUUAAUGGGAGGAUGUCCUUGGCUGAUGACAGGUUAGAGCGUGACUACUUGGAAAAGGGCUCCUCGCGAGCAUCAACUAUAUCCGGCGCCACUCUCACCUCUCUGGGUGGGACAUCCUCACGGAGAGGGAGUGGAGAUACAUCCAUCUCUGCCGACACAGAAGCCUCCAUACGGGAAAUCAAGGAGAUCCAUGAGCUUAAGGAUCAGAUUCAUGAUGUGGAGGCAAAGCACAUGCAGAACCUUAAAGAGCUAAAGGAUUCCCUAUUGGAGGUGGAGGAGAAGUACCGUAAGGCCAUGGUGUCCAAUGCACAGCUGGACAAUGAGAAGACCAACAUGAUGUAUGAAGUGGACACUUUAAAAGACUCUUUAAUGGAACUGGAGGAGAUGCUCUUUGAAACACGCCGUGAGCUUGAGGAAAAGAUUAAGGACCUUGAACGAGAGAAGCAUGCUCAUAGUGUUCUGCAGUUUCAGUUCGGUGAAUUGAAGGAGACGCUGAAACAGAGUGAAGAACUGCUCACUGAUAUCCGUCAAUUACGGCUCAAGCAAGAUGGCUUUGUUAGGGAGAUUUCUGACCUCCAGGAAACUAUUGAGUGGAAGAAUAAAAAAAUUGGGGCAUUAGAGCGGCAGAAGGAGUUCUCUGAUGCCAUUCGAAAUGAGCGAGAUGAGCUCAGAGAUGAGGUUGUUCAGCUCAAAGAUGUUUUGAAGAAACAUGGCAUUGUCCUUGGACCUGAUUUAGCCACCAAUGGAGAAACAGGGGAUGAAGUUGGGAAUGCUGAUCCAAAUUCUCAAACAGCAUCAGCUGAAAUUCGAGAGGGAAGUAGUGUACUAGGCAUCCAUCAGUUGAAGCAUAAAGACCAGGAACCAAAAUAUUUGGAUGAGGAGGUGCAAGGAAAUCAGCAGUCUUCACAUGCCCCGUUCAGUUCUACUAACACACCGUUAGAGGUAAAUGACAAUAGUGUCCUUGGGGACCCUGUCAUUCCAGGUGUAGAGCAGCAUAAAAAUAGACCUGAAGAACCUUUAAGUUCUGUUGGUGAUGAAGAACUCACCACUACAGCACCCAAGGAGGAGGUCAAAUCUGAGGAACAUGAACUAGAAGAUUCACGCGAUAAUGCUGUGGAAUUGGAGCACAAAGUUCAAACGUAUGAACAUUUGGAGACCGAGCAACAAGAUGGCAAAUGCGUCACCUCAAGUCAGGAAAUCAAAGAGGAAGCUCCUUUAGAUUCUGUCUCUAACACAAUGCAUGAUGAAACUGAUAAACCUGGUGAGGCACUACUUGAUGAAAAAUGCAAAGAGGAGCCUGUGGAGUCACCUCAAAUGGAGGAACCUCCUAAAACCCAAGUUACCAGUGCUUCAAAUAAAAAGAAGAAAAAGAAGAAGAAGAACAAGCAAAAGCAAAAACAAAGUGACAAGCAGGAGAGUGGCACAGCAAUGGAGGUUUUGAAUGAGGAUAAUUCAAACCAAAAAGUAGAAAGUGUUCUGGAAGGAACCAAUGAGGAACCUUUAGAGAAUGCUGUUUCUGAAACAACAAUGAAUGUAGAUCUUCCAGCCAGCUCAUGCAGUGAUAUAACAACCAAAGAACAGGACUGUAUUGAAGUAGCAACCACAAAUACUAAUGUGGAUGGUGUUCAAGACAGCAUUCAGUUAGUUACAGAUGAAGUUGAUUCAGCAGAAAUUUCUAAAACCAUCUCAAAUUUUGAUUGCUCUGAAUCUAGCAAUGUUAUCCUUUCAGAAGGUCCAUCCAACAAUAUUAUCUCCAAUACCACAGAUGAUCCAUCAAACAAUAUUAUCUGCAACACUGCAGAUGAUGUGUCAAACAAUACUAUCUCUGAUACUGAAGAUGAUCUGUCAAACAAUAUUGUCUCUGAUACUGCAGAUGAUCUGUCAAACAAUAUUGUCUCUGAUACUGCAGAUGAUCUGUCAAACAAUAUUGUCUCUGAUACUGCAGAUGAUCUGUCAAACAAUAUUGUCUCUGAUACUGCAGAUGAUCUGUCAAACAAUAUUAUCUCUGAUACUGCAGAUGAUCUGUCAAACAAUAUUGUCUCUGAUACUGUAGAUGAUCUGUCAAAUGAUAUUAUCACCAACACUGCAGAUGAUCUGUCAAAUGAUAGUAUCACCAACACUGCAGAUGAUCUGUCAAAUGAUAUUAUCACCAACACUGCAGAUGAUCUGUCAAAUGAUAGUAUCACCAACACUGCAGAUGAUCCAUCCAACAAAAUUAUCUCUGACCCUGCAACCAUUAUUGAGGAGCGUGCUGAGGAUUCAGCAAAUUCUUCCCUAGAACCUGCAAUCACCUGCAGUGAGCUUAAGUCUUCAGAAAUGUCGGCUUCAUCCCACGAACCUUCAUUUGAGCCCAUCACCUCUGAGAACAACGAGACCAUGUUGGUGGAUGCCAAAGAAGAGAAAGUUGAUCUGGAAUGUCAAGAAGAGCCAAGUCCCCAAAAUGUUGGUGUUGAUGAGAUCUGUGACCCUGAAGAUCAAGAGGCCUUUGCUCAAUCCGAUUUCCAUGUGAUGGAGACUAUAGAAAACAAAGCUGAACUAAUGAUGCAAGAACAAACCAUUGAUCUGCCAAUGGACAGUCAACUUCAAGACAGCGUUGAGUCAGAAGUGGGCAAGGAAAAGGAACAAGGUGAACUAGACAAAGAAAACCUUGAAGCACCUAAAGAAGAAGUGUUUGCCAGAAGCAAAGUUGAUAAUAGUCCUUUCAUUGAAACCCAAGUUCAGGUUGUACAAGAGGAUAAUCCGUCUGCCAAUGAAGCAAAUCAGGAAUCAGCUGAACCUUCUGACCAAAAUUCCAUGGUAGAAAAAGUCGAGGAAGAAAUGUCAAUCCAAGGUCAGGUUACACCUGAUGGGCAACUGCCUAAAGAUGACAAUGACCUUUUGAUAGAGUUAGAUGUGGUUGGUCUAGUGCACAAGCAAGAAGAUGCGGAUGAGGAAGACGAAGGAGAAUCAUUUGAUUUUGAUGAAACAGAUCUUGAAGCAUCAUCAGAUGGCCCUCUGAAAAAAUCUCUAGAUCAACCAAAGGAGGAAGUUACUCUUUUAAAAGAAAAUGUCCAAGAAGCCAGCCAAGAAAACCAAAGCAAUGUCAUUGAUGAGGAUCUUACCCAGGAAGAUGAACAUCUACAACUUGCAGAACAGGAAUCAAAGCCAGAUGAGCAGAAAGAUGAUGUACAUGACACAGAAAACCUACAACCAAGAGAUGUUGAAGGAUGUUUAACAGAGCAAAGCCUGAUCAAUCAUGACGUCAGUCCUGUCAGUGAGCAGCACGAUACACCUGGAAAUAAAGAAGACACUCUUGAGGAGCAUCAGAAGGCAUCAGUAGAUGUGCCAGUCAAUGAAAGAGUUAAUCUGAUCUCUGAGAAGGAGAAAAGAGAAGUAGGCCAGGAGAUCAGUACUUCCAUUCCCCUCGAAAAACAGGCAUCAAUGAUUUCAGGGGAUCCAAAAUUAGAGAAGGAAAUCACUCGGAACAACAAGGAAGAUGAAAGCAGAGAAUCUAGAAAAAGCGCAAAAGGGAAAGGGAAAAGCAAGGGGAAAGAAGAUUGUAAAAUGUCAUAAUACAGAACUGGAUAAUUGAGAGUCUUUUCUCAGCAUCUUCCAUUCUACGCAUUGCACUUGUUAUAGGCCUUAAUGAAAUGUAUUUGGGACCAUUACUUUUGAAAACCAAAGUUAUUUUACAGUCAAAUCCAAUUAGCAGUCAUUAUUGCCGUUUCAUCAAACACAUUUUAUAUAUGUUUUACAUCUAAUAAAAAACAUUGAAUACACUCAAACUCAACCCUCUAAAUAAAUCACAUUAAAUGUAAGCAGUAAUGGCUGUAAAGUGUCAUAUUUAUUUUGAAAUUUUACAAAAUAAGGAAUAAACAUUUUCUCAUAAUAAUGUGAUUUUUUUUUUUUUUUUUUUUUUUUUUUUUCUAUUUGGUAAAUUCCGACCUCUAUGUUUAUGCUGCAGUGAUGUUUAACACUUCCUAAUUGCAAUGUUUCCUUCUGCAAAAGGAUCUUUUGAAUGUUGUUUUAAAGGGUGGAAUGUUGUUCAUAAUGGCGUAAAUAAAAAUGUUAUUGUGUGCCAACCUUAUAAGAACUUGACUGGAGCUUUGUGAUUACACAUUGUUUUUCCAGUUUAUUUGUUAGGUGAAAUGUUUGAAAUCAAAUAUGAUAUUUUGUUUUGUUUUGUGACCUGCAGUAGUGCAUGCUUAAUUAUCCAUGGGGGGAAAAUGUUUACAUAUGCUGUAACAAUUAAUAAUUUGAUUAAUCUUGUUUAGAAAAAUAGUUAGUCAUAAUUGAAAAAUAGCUAGCUGAAUCAGUUUUUAUUAUAUAAAUAUGCUACUUAUAAAUAUGCUAAAUAUGCAGUCACAUAUAUAAACAAUAUUACUAUUUUUCUUUAAAGUCAUAUCUUAAAGUAAGCUGAAAGUGACUGAAAAACAGUGAAUGUACAAACUGUGUAAACAGAGAUUUGAUUGCAUGAGGCUAAAGCCUCUCAGGUUGCUGAAGUGUUUGCAUGUUGUCCAUACUCAUCCUUCACAUCCCAGCAUAGGAUAGCUUCACUCUUGCAUGCCCUGACUCCUCCCAC